GCAACUGAAACACAAAUUUUAGUUUGAACAAGUUAAACAAGGGGAUUUGCAUGGAACACAAGUUAUUUAAUCAAGAUAAUAUGAAUUAUCUACACAAGUUAGACAUUGGGUUUGAUUUAAACAGGUUAAACAUGGAGAAUCACAUUGUCUACAUAGACCAGAAAUAGGAUAAAAUUAUUAAGACACACAUGUUAUGCAAUUAUAUUAUGAAUUGCAUGAUUAACAUGGAAAUUCACAUUAUUUACAAAGUCCAGCAUCUAAAUAAUAAUUAUUUGUAAUGCAGCUCUAACAAUUUGAUUCUGAUGUACAAGUUAAACAAUGUUCUGGGCAAUCGACACAAUUUUGGUACGAAUCAACAAAUUAUUUCUGUGAAAUGCAGGUGAGACAUUAUGAAUUAUCGUCACAUCCCAGGCAACCAGGAUUAGUAAUACAGGUUUAACUAGGUCCAUAGCCAUCACAAUAAGGGGUUUGGUAAAAAUAGCAACGACAUUGA